CUGAACGGAACCCACCGGAUGGGAUCGGGCUGCCAGUUUAUUGUUCCUGGUGCCAUAUGACAAGAAGAAGACGCCUUUCGGACAGACAUUCCCAGUGACAAGCCGGUGGUGUGUAGUAGCUGAGACCGCAACAGCGGAAUUAAAUUGGUGGUCCAACGGAGCAUUAACCUAUCUACGAACAUUUCCGUCGAGCAAAUUAUCACGGAAGUAAAAUGAGUUUUAGCGCACCCAAACGUCGCAUUUCGGCAACUUUGCAGCUCGACGGCAGUUCCAAGGUUCAAACAAUCAGACGAAUCAGUUCACCAUCAUUGGAACCGUUGGAAGACAUGGUCGUAUGUCCAAUCGACCUAAAUCUGCUUGAGGAUCCGCGUCUAUUGCCGUGCGGACAUGCAUUCUGUUGUGAGUGCCUGACCAAAUACAUGCAUCAGCUAACUGUGAUCCAGGAGGGUGGCCACAAGGAUGUUCCGGAUGCGGAGCAGACCUUCGCCUGUCCCGUGUGUCGCCUUGUAUGCGCAAUACCUGCGUCCAAAAGCGCCAUUGCAUUUCCCAAGGCUUUCAAUCAUCUUGUUAUUUUGGAUUUUUUGCGUAAAAAUCAGCUGUCAAGUUUCAAAGCGCCAAGCGCCCCUCCACUCCCGGACGGGGAGGCUACAGCAGGUCAUGGCAGAGGAUCCCAUCGAAAGACAUCCAUACAAGUCAAUUCACAGAUGCUGAAUUACAUCGUCAGUGAUAUUGCGGCACGUGAACGCGCAGGCAAGAUGGGUCCAGUGGAUCGAGCGAUUAUUUUGGACGACGUUGAUCGUCUGCUACAAAGGCUUCGAGGUCACGAAACCGUGGAUUCUGGUAAAAUUCAAAAUGCAGUCUUACCAACCGCACCCACACGGCCAUCGACUAGUCCAUCUAGUUGCUCACCUACUGGGUCCAGCCGGAAUUUGGGGCGAUUUUAUGCCUUCGAAAGUAAAGUUCGCGGUGGUGGGCGACUAUCAAAGGAGAGUAACACUCACUCCGAUUUGCCGAGCUACAGUAACUACCGAGACGCGGAGGCCAUGCGAAGUACAAUGAAAAAGAACGCUACCUAUCAAGUGUUACUGAAGGGAAAGGAUUGCUGCUUGAUGCGACCGGGUGAUCUCUUUCAACCGGUCGAUAUGCACGCGCUAUCAGCCCCCGUGCCACCGCAAAUCGUCCGUCUCACCAUCACUGCAGACGAAGAUCGAUCCAAUUUGUUUUUGUGGCAACAGAAAUUUAAUCCUCAAAAUGGCCUAUUUUCAUGUCACUUCAACAAGCCAGAAUCGGAGAAACCCCCUGUUGAAAUCUCGGCGGCAGUGACCGUGGAAGGUAUCGGGGCGUUGCGUGUUCAAUUCGUUAGAUUUUACAAUGGACUCGCAUACGUGUCCGGGAUAAUGCCGGCCAAUCAACUGGCAACACCUCCCAUGAAUAAUGCGCACCUCCACGAAAUUGGUCUGGUAGUUUGUUGUAAGACACCGAGCUUGGAAGACGUAUCGGACGACACGUCCAUGAUGCAGGAAGGUCACCUUGAGUCCAGCAGCGGCUUCCCCAUCGUGGCAAGUUCAUGCAUCUUUAGACGUGAUGAUGUAGGUUAUGAACGUCCAAGUCAUCCGAUACUGUUUGGUAUCGAUAUCGAUCAGAAAACGGGAGAUGUCUAUGUGGCUCAACCAGCCAACGCAAUGAUUUGCCGUUUGAGAGCAGAUGACUUGACGCUCAUUGAUGGAACCUGGUAUUUAAACGAGCCGCAGCUCUCGCCAUACUUUUUGUGUUACGCAGAGGCGUCCAAUCAGGUUUGGGCCACGUGUCACAAGGAGGACAGGAUCGUGAUUCUCGACUUAGAAAACGAUGGCUUUCAUCAUUUCAAUCCAGCCAUCUCGUUUGGUAUCUCCCCAUCGUAUAUCAUCUACACUUCUGAUGACAGAAUCGUUAUGCUCGAUCAGCAUCAAUCCCGUCUGUUUUGGAUCUCGAAAACACACCAGACCAUAUGUGUACAAUGCCUAGAUGUCCAGUUCACCAGCCGCCUGAAACGUCACUUCCUUGCCAUUCAGCCGAUCAGUGAUGCGACCACAAGGACGGUGCUCAAGGGCGCCGGAGUGAAGUGUACACCGGCCGGAGGUAUAUUAUGUGCUCACGAUUAUGGAUGCUCACUCAUCUAUCCGAAAAAACAAGCAUCGCAGCGUACGCAUGUGUAAUUCGGUAUCUUAAUGCGGCAACACUUGAGUCAUUCUCAUGGUGCAUACAUAUUCGGCGAGCGACCAAACGGCCGCUAUCUACGCUCGGUGAAUCUUUCCACUGUCACUGAACGAAGCAUGGGGCACCGUUCCUAUUCAAGUCAUAAUUUCGCUCUUCGCAUUCCUUCACGCCUCUCCCUUUCACACAACCGUUCCCAAUCUAAUGUUUCGUCAGCUCCAUUCACAAGGGCGAAACCGUGUAGUGCUCUCGUCGAGAUGCGAAACGACUUGGUUGGACGUGUACACAAUGGUUGCAUUUAAAGGUCCAAAUGAAUACUC